AUGGCCAGCUCUCAAGCAUCCAACUUUGGAUUGAAAGACGCUUCAUUGAUUCAGACUCAAGGGUAUAUCGGCGGAAAAUGGCGCGACGCCAAGGAUGGAGGGAGGAUCAUUGUUACUAACCCGGCGACAAACGAAGAAUUGGGCUCGGUUCCAGAAAUGGGUCUUGUGGAAACCAAGGAAGCGAUUGACGCAGCUGCGAAGGCAUUUCCAUCUUGGAGCAGAUCCACCGCAAAGGAACGACAUGAUCUUCUCAUGAAACUUUACGCCCUUAUGAAAGAACACGACGACGACCUCUCCCGCAUCAUCACUCUUGAGAACGGGAAAACCUUGGCUGACUCAAAGGGAGAGAAUGCUUACAGCGCGUCAUUCCUGGAGUGGUUUGGUUUGUUUUGCCUAUUUGAUGAUUCUUUAGUUCCGAAUCCUAAAUCCAUUACUCAUAAACAGCUGAAGAAGCCGUCCGGACCUAUGGAGAACAAAUCCCGUCGCCCUUCAGCCAUUGCCGAAACCUUGUCAUUAAGCAACCCAUUGGUGUCGUGUAUGUUUCCUCGGUUGCACCCUGGAUUGACUUCCGCCCUCAACUCUUUAAUUAGCUCUAUCUUGACUCCAUGGAAUUUCCCCUCUGCGAUGAUAACGCGCAAACUUGCUGCAGCUCUUGCUGCAGGCUGCACAACUGUCAUCAAACCCCCACCUGAAACACCAUUCUCAGCUCUUGCUCUAGCAGAACUCAGCCGACGCGCAGGCUUUCCGGACGGUGUUAUCAACGUCGUAACCACACAAAAGAAGGUCUUGGAAGUUGGGAAGGAGAUGUGUGAGAAUAAGAUUGUGAAAAAGGUUUCGUUCACUGGAUCAACGCCUGUUGCAAAAUUAUUGGCUGGUAUGGCUGCGACCACUCUAAAGAAGGUAUCUAUCGAAGCUGGAGGCAACGCCCCGUUCAUUGUCUUUGACGAUUGUAAUCUCGACGAAGCUAUCGCAGGUGCCGUUCUGUGUAAGUUCCGUGGAAGUGGUCAAACCUGCGUCUGCGCCAACCGAAUCUUUGUUCAUUCUUCCAUCUACGCUGAAUUCGCGUCGCGUUUGGCGGAGAAGGUCGCUAGCUUCAAGCUCGGUAAUGGAUUAGACAAGGACACAACGCACGGUCCCCUUAUCCAUACUCGCGCCGUCGAAAAGGUUAACCGACAUGUCGAAGAUGCCGUUUCCAAAGGCGCACAAGUUCUCGUUGGCGGUAAACGUCACGGCGAUGCCAAUAGCUUGUUUUUCCGGCCCACAGUCCUCUCCGACGUACCCACGGACGCAGUCAUUUGCUCCGAAGAAACUUUUGGUCCUGUGGCCGCUUUGGUCAAGUUUGAAACCGAAGACGAGGUCAUCAGGCUCGCUAACUCAACCGAUGUCGGUUUAGCUGGCUAUUUCUUUAGCCGGGACGUUGGGAGAGUAUGGAGGGUUGCCGAGGCGCUCGAAGUGGGAAUGGUUGGUGCGAACACUGGGUUGAUCAGUCAAGCCGUCAUUCCGUUUGGAGGUGUUAAAGAGAGUGGAUUGGGUAGGGAGGGAGGUCCCCAUGGUAUCGAUGAGUAUUUGAACGAGAAGUUGAUUGUGUUCGGGGGGUUGACUAGUACUUAA